ACAACGCCCUCUUGCGGCUUACUUGAAAAUGUGGGGAAAACAAAAAUGGCGGAAGACCAGGAAUUAAUACAGCUUGAAGAGUUAUGCAAGCAGCUGUAUGAGACUGCUGAUGGCAAUAUUCGGUCUGAAGCAGAGAAGGCGCUGGUAGCGUUUGCCAACUCCCCAGACUGUCUCAACAAAUGUCAGCUGCUGCUGGAAAGAGGAAAUUCUGCCUAUGCACAACUGCUUGCCGCAACAACACUGACAAAACUGGUGACCCGGCCCAACCUCACACUGCCAUUAGAACAGAGGGUUGACAUCCGAAACUACAUUUUGAACUACCUUGCUACACGGCCGAAACUCGUUCAUUAUGUCUCACAGGCCCUUGUUCAGUUAUUUGCCAGAAUCACCAAACUUGGGUGGUUUGACAUCAACAAGGAUGACUAUGUGUUCAGAGAUGUGGUCACUGAUGUUGGCAAGUUCAUACAGAGUGGGUCCACCCAGCAUGUGAUGAUUGGCGUGCAGCUGCUGUCUCAGCUUGUGUGUGAAAUGAACCAGGUCAGUGAGUCUGAGGCAAGCAGAUCUCUGACAAAACACCGGAAGAUCGCAUCCUCAUUCCGAGACACGCAGCUGUUUGAGAUCUUCCAGCUGGCAUGUUCACUUCUCAGAUCGGCAGCUGGAAAUCUAAAAAAUCUGGACUUCAACGAUGACAACCAGCGUGGCCUACUAUCUCAUGCACUGCGCCUAGCACACAACUGUUUGACCUUUGACUUCAUCGGCACAUCAACUGAUGAGUCAUCGGACGACCUGUGUACUGUACAGAUUCCAACCAGCUGGAGAACAGCCUUCCUAGACUUCAGCACACUUCAGCUCUUCUUUGACUUGUACUCCGGUCUACCCACAUCCCUGUCACCAAUGGCCCUGUCUUGCCUUGUGCAGAUUGCCUCUGUAAGGAGGUCGUUGUUCAACAACACAGAGAGAGCCAAGUUCCUCAACAGCCUUGUCCGAGGGGUCAGGGGAAUUCUAGAUAAUCCACAGGGUUUGUCUGACCCCAGCAAUUACCACGAGUUCUGCCGUCUCCUUGCUCGCCUGAAAUCCAAUUACCAGCUGGGGGAACUAGUCAAAGUUGAUAACUACUCCGAAAUCAUCAAACUUGUAGCGGAAUUCACAGUGACUAGUUUGCAGAUGUGGCAGUUUGCCCCGAACAGUGUCCACUACCUGCUGAGUCUGUGGCAGAGGAUGGUGGCCUCAGUCCCCUACGUCAAGGCGUCAGAGCCCCACCUGUUGGAGACGUACACGCCGGAGGUCACCAAGGCAUACAUCAGCUCACGCCUCGAGUCUGUUCACGUCGUCAUAAGAGAGGGUUUAGAAGAUCCGUUGGAUGACCAUGGGAUGAUCAGUCAGCAGCUAGAACAAUUAUCCACGAUAGGGAGGUGCGAGUAUGAGAAGACGUGUGCUUUGCUGGUUCAGAUGUUUGAUGACUCCGCACAAAGAUACCAGGACCUGGUAGCUGCCGGGAAUACUCGCAUGGAGUUAGCCGUGCAAGAGGGCCGCUUGACAUGGCUGGUGUAUAUAAUUGGCUCUGUGAUAGGGGGGCGGGUAUCGUUUGCAAGUACAGAUGAACAUGAUGCGAUGGAUGGAGAGCUUGUGUGUAGAGUGCUCCAACUUAUGAACCUGACAGACUCCAGGUUAACCCAGGGGGGCUGUGAGAAGUUGGACAUAGCAAUACUUAGUUUCUUUGAACAAUUCAGGAAAAUAUAUGUGGGUGACCAGGUCCAGAAAACAUCAAAGGUGUAUCGGAGAUUGUCAGAAGUUCUUGGCCUUAGUGAUGAACCAAUGGUGCUUAGUGUAUUUAUCGGCAAAAUAAUAACUAAUUUGAAGUAUUGGGGGCGAAGUGAGCAGAUCAUCUCCAAGACACUGACGCUGCUAAGUGACCUGUCCGUGGGCUACAGCAGUGUCAGGAAGCUGGUCAAGCUGGAAGCUGUACAGUUCAUGCUGAAUAACCACACGAGCGAGCACUUCCCGUUUCUGGGCAUCACAGCUGGGAGUAGUCCAGUGGCAGACAUGCGAUGUCGGACAACGUUCUACACAGCCCUGGGACGUCUGCUGCUGGUGGACCUUGGAGAAGAUGAGGAGAAGUUUGACCAGUUCAUGAUGCCUCUUACAGCUGCGUUUGAUGCGGUGGGGAAUCUGCUUUCUAAUGGUACAUCAGCCAUGGAUGUUGAAGGCGCAAAGAGGUCAUUGAUAGGUCUCGCCAGAGAUUUGAGGGGAAUAGCGUUUGCCUUCAACACAAAGACAAGCUACAUGAUGUUGUUUGAUUGGAUCUAUCCAACAUACACUCCAGUUUUGCAGCGAGCCGUUGAACUGUGGUUCCACGACCCUACUGUCACAACACCAGUGCUGAAACUCAUGGCAGAAUUAGCUCAAAACAGAUCUCAGAGGCUUCAGUUUGAUGUGUCAUCACCCAAUGGUAUUCUGCUCGUCAGGGAAGUCAGUAAAAUGAUAGUUACUUAUGGGUCAAGAAUACUCACAAUAGGAGAAAUAGCCAAAGAUCAAAUCUACCCAUUAAAGUUGAAAGGUAUCUCCAUCUGUUUCUCAAUGCUGAAGGCAGCACUUUGUGGGAACUAUGUCAAUUUUGGUGUCUUCCGUCUCUAUGGAGAUGAUGCCCUUGACAACGCCCUUGGCAUGUUUGUCAAGCUGCUGUUGUCAAUAUCACAGAAUGAUUUGCUAGACUUCCCGAAAUUGAGCCAGAAUUAUUACGGUCUUCUAGAAUGUCUUGCCCAAGAUCAUAUGUCAUUCAUUAGCAACUUAGAACCUCAAGUCUUUCUCUACAUUCUGUCCACAAUUUCAGAGGGCCUCACUGCUCUUGAUACAAUGGUGUGCACUGGCUGCUGUGCAACACUUGACAACAUCAUCACUUAUCUGUUUCGUCGUCUCACCGUCAAAAAGAAGAAGACCCGUGCUGGCAGUGUUCCCGACAGCGAAUCAUUCCUCCGAAUACUUGAGCUUCAUCCAGAAAUAUUACAACAGAUGUUGUCGACAGUGUUGAACAUCAUCAUGUUCGAAGACUGUCGCAACCAGUGGUCCAUGUCACGACCCCUCCUUGGUCUCAUCCUGCUCAAUGAAGAGUAUUUCAACAAGCUACGAGAAAGUAUCAUCUCCAGCCAGCCCGCGGAGAAACAGGCCACCAUGGUGCAGUGCUUCGAGAAUCUCAUGGACGGCAUUGAGAGGUCUCUCCUCACAAAAAAUAGAGACAGAUUCACACAGAAUUUAUCAGUUUUCCGGCGAGAUGUCAACGACUCAUUGAAAGCUUUAAGCAACAGCCCUUCAUCCUCCUCAACAUCUCUCGACAUGAUGAACUAUGGAUAACACUGAGUGAAUGUGUGCAUGUGUGUGUGUGUGGAUGGGAUAUAGACAAACAUGUAUAUACAGACUGUGUGAUCCUAGAGUGGGUGUGCUGUGUGCUUGGAUGGAUAAGGUUUGUUACAGCUUACAGUACAACUGACAAUAACGGCAGGUGGAACUGGAAUACUUAAUUGAACAGGUGGUUGAGGCUGCCAUAUCCGACCGCUGGAGGUGUGAAAGGGUUUUGAUAUAUGUGAAAGUGCUAACUGUCACUAGGCAUGCCUGAAUUGUUUGUAUUUUAGCUUUGUGGCGUGUAUUAUUGAUGCAACCGUGUGACAUAGUUUCUGCAAUAUCAAAACCACUGAUUAUGUCACUGUCGUAUUAGCUGCUUUGAGAACAUGGGUUUAGAUAAGCAGGUGCUUGUAUGGUUACCAUGAACUACAUGUGAUGGUACUUGAUGGAAGGGAGACAUGGCGCUGACAGUGUUGUCUUGUCCAGCCAAUGUCCUUAAAGCAUUCACCAGAUGCGUACAGUGUCUCUCGAAACCAGUGGAAUAAUGCUAAAAAAGGCAUAAAAUCAGACUCACUCUAGAAUAGGCUGAUAUUGAGAUCUCGACAGCAACUGCAGCAUCUGAUUAACACUCACGUCUUGUUACGAGAGUACCUCCCUUGGAUCUCCUGCUCGGCUACGUUGGGCUGGUGCUUUGUGUUUGCAGCAAACUGUUCAUUGGAUUCAGGACAUGGCUGGCGUUACAAUAGACCAUUCAUUUUCAACCUGGGAAUAGUUUUAUUGGCAUCAUACCUGUGCUUGGUGGCGUUUCCCAAAUGGUAAAUGUCUAGGAUCUGUAUCACUUUGUGCUUUCGUCCCACAUGGACUGACAUGCCGUGAUAUGGCUGAAGCACUCUUCAAACCGGUGUUAAACCCAACUUGCCCACUUACAGUACUAUGUUGAAGUAGUGCUCUGUGUAUGCAGCACCCAUUACAGAGUUGAGACAUGGCUUCACAAUAUCAGAUUUAUUCUCAACCUGAAUCUUCAUCUGUCCCUGCCUCAUCAGCCUACCAACUAUUUGUCUGCAGACUGACUAGUAUGUGUAACUUAUGGAUGUACGGGGAUGUCAAGCUGAAUCUCCACAAUGGUUGGUGUGAUAUAUUCCCCGUUCUCAUUCACUGGACCCACUGUUCUCAAACGAGGUCCUAUGUAUCAGGGCUCUGACGGUGAUGAUGAUGGUUACUAGGUCUGCGAUCACAGUUGGCAACUUAUCUUGAAAUUCUACAUCCCUGCUGCAUCUGUAUACAGUCCUGAAUGUGUCUCAGUGUCGUUGCGCUAGCCCAGAAGACGUAUAUGUGAACACUUUGAAGGUUAAAUGGCCUAAGGCCUUUAAAUACGAUACCAAUCAAUAAAGGUAGAAUCCUGUAAAAUCCUUUCUUGUGAACACCAUCAAUAAUGGUUGAAUGUCGAAAAGACUUCCUUGCGAACACCAUCAACAAAGGUUUCUUGCCAAUAUGCCAUUUCAAGAUAUUACAAUGUGUAGGUUGUAAGUAGGUUUCUCUUCAAAUCUAGUUGAGUCAUAUUAAAAUUAUUUUUUGAAGGGGUCAAGCUGGGCAAGCUGCUACUCACAGCAAGCUACUCCUUGGAGCACUUGUGUGAAAAAUUGUUAUCAGGCUGUGCUCCUUUAAUAGUCAAAAUGUAAUUGUUGAGGUGCAUGGAAAAAAGGUGUUUUAGGUAUGUCUGAACACAUACAAUCUCAUGAAGAUCAGAUCUUGUAGUCCGAUAAUGUACUCUCUGCGUGAAGAUCUGAGGUACUUCAUAUUAGAUACUAUGGCACUCAGAAACAAGAUGUAAAAUAUCCACAAAAUAAUUGUGCUGCUUUUCUUAUUUACAUUUGGAACUGAUUUGUUAAGAUCGUUUUGGAGAUACAGAUAUGCAGGUCUGAGGGCAUUGCCUGCGUGUUCUGAGAAUUGUGAAGCCUGAUUUGAAAGUUCACCUGAUGCAAAAUUUUGGAUCGUCACCCUGAGGGUCAUUGUAUCUGAGUAAAAGAUCUGAUAGUAAUGAGAUUGCAGACACAUGAUGGGGUGUGGAAUUUGUCCUUAUACAUGUCUACUGUGGGCUCAAAUUGUAGCCCAUUUAUUGCAGUUGUGGUGUUUUGUCUUGUAACUGAGUAGAGUGUUCUGUGUCAGUAAAGUCAAUAGGCUUUAUAGACAAAUGUUGAAGGAAAUAUUAGUGAUAUGUUAGUGAUUGAUAUGUGAGUUCUGUGUGUGUAAGAGGAUAUAUAUUUGUGGUGAUUGGUAAGGAAGGAGUUGUAGUUUGGUGAAGACUGGCACGAAAACUCUGAUUUAUUUAAAUUCGAGCUACUCCAUUCCUCCGUUGGUUAUCUCAGCAGCAGUGUUAAUGACAUUCAAGCCAAACUUUGUUGUAACAGCAUUUUUCUAUUGCUGAAGUGGUUUUGUUGAAUUGCAUACUACUGAAAAUAGGUUACGUUAAAGAAUUAGGGGAUACUUAACUUUUUUUCAGUAGUAUGCUUUCCUCCGAAGAUUUCACACGUACACGGCUUCUUUUCCAGUUGUUACUUAUAUCCGAAAUAAAGUAUUUUUUGUUUUGGGUAUAUUCUGGUUAUUUCUAAACCGACACCUGGUACACAUGUUUGGGGCCAUACUGACACUCACCCAGCCUUCCUAAUGUAUAAUGUUGGACAUUUUCAUGGCUGUUUCAUUAUUCAGUACUAAUUAUGCUGGUGCAGUUCUAGACAUGUUUAUUAUAUCAGCUUAAAAUGGCUUUAGAAGCGAAAUAUUUUGCAUUGAUGAGUCCCAAGAUUUGCUUAAUGUUAUUAUGCAUUCCUUACAACCAAUUCCUGAAGUUUUGACGACUAGCUAAGUGUAUCCAAGUCUUUGUUCUUCUCAAAGAAAGGCUGUUUCUAGGUAAAUUAAAUUUUGGACAAAAGAUUAAAGAACUUUAUUAUUUGCAUUUAAGAUAUGGUAAAUGUAAUGAAAGAAUGAAAUUUGAAAAGUUUUAUCGAAAUCAAAAUCAGAGAGAACUUAUAUUGUGUGUGUUCUUUAAGGCAUGCUGUAAAGAAAGGAUUGACAAGAAUUUUAUUGUGUGAUAUUACUAGAUAAGAGAGCAGUCUUCAGGAAUACUAGCAUAGUGUCCUCUAACAUACAUGGGCAGAACCAGAUUAGUUCAUUCUCACAGAGGGAACACAGUGCUGGUGGAUGUGCAUGUGCAAAUCAUGCCUUUUGGCUUGAUAUCCCUGUCAACAGAAUGGACUGCUUUGGGCCACACCUUUUUAAUUUUAUGUUUCACAGAUUUAUUCCAGCUUUUCCACACAAGGUCGGUCAAAAUAAAAAAAAUUAGCUAUGUCAAUUAUUUGUUUAUUCAUUCAUAUGAAAGUCGUUCUGCCAUGGAGUUAAAGCUGCAGCUGGCUCCUUGAAUCACUGAUAGUGAUGCUGACAUGGAAUUUAUAUAUAACAUUUUUUGUCGAAUAAUACGGUCCAUAUUACUAGUGGGAAACAUAAUAAGAAUAAAUAUUUUUAUGUUUGAUUUAUUUCUUAGACCAGCUGCACUUCAGUAGAGGCGGCAGGCCCGUGAAACGAAAAAUAAUAAAUGUGUGGCCUUAUUAGUUCUCUGGAACCCAUAUAGCUUUAUGAAGAGUUUCCUUCUUUCCUUUUCUAAUACAUAUGAUUUAUUCGUCACAUUUCUAGGAUAAUAAUAUCAACAACAGAUCAGUAUUUGGUGUAAAUAUAUGACAAUUGUACAGCAAAGGCAAGGUUUGUGUGAAGAAAGGCAAUGUUUUCAUGAAGCAGCCUAGCAGGUGGUGCUACAGUAUUUAACCUACUGUGUGCAGUGCAAUCUAUGAUACAAUGAUUACUGAAUGAGUUUGAGCCCUUUGUAAACUUUGGGACCUGUCAUUCAUAAGAUAGUGGUGCCUUUUGGUGGGAAUUGGGGUUGUGAACAAUAGUCAUAACAUACAACAUGCACUUUGGUGCAUAAAAGGUGCAUUGACAGUUAUUUUAUUGUUAAAGUAAUAUGUUUGGUGUUCAGUGUGAAAUUUUGUGAUUUGUAAGGGCCAGGUGGAUAUGCAAUUAGGGUGCAUUUAUAAAUUCUUGUACAUGUCCAUUUUGGGUUGUGUCAUCUUAUUUUAUGACUCAUUGAGCAUGAAAAGUCUCCCACUUACCAGUUAUUGAUGACAGGUCCCUGAACCCAUGGAGACUGAAAGGAUGGAGAGGUAUGAGGGCUUGCUGGGAUAUUUUUGUAUAUGAUAAGUGCUAUCUAUGUACUGUCAUUGUGAAGUAGCGAGACAGGUGUAAAUGGUGCAGCAAGAUGCUUGUCCUACCUACAACCACAAUUUCAUGAAGUACUACAGGUGUGUGUGUGAGUACAAAAAUUGGGGAAAAAUAAAUAGUUGAAAGAUA